GCCCCGCGCCCCGCCGCCGCCCCGCUGCCCCGCACGACGCUCCGGACCCGCUUCAGACCCGCACCGAGCCCAGAACCGAGCCCAGAACCCGCAAACAUGAGCCGCAAAUUCUUCGUUGGAGGAAACUGGAAGAUGAACGGAGACAAGAAGAGUCUCGGGGACCUGAUCCAGACCAUGAACGGGGCCAAGACGGACCCGAACGUCGAGGUGGUGUGCGGCGCUCCGUCCAUCUACCUGGACUUCGCCAGGUCCAAACUGGACACCAAGUUCGGCGUAGCAGCCCAGAACUGCUACAAAGUUCCCAAAGGUGCCUUUACCGGAGAGAUCAGCCCUGCGAUGAUCAAAGACUGUGGCGUGAACUGGGUCAUUCUGGGUCACUCUGAGAGGCGUCAUGUGUUCGGAGAGAGCGACGAGCUGAUUGGUCAGAAGACGGCCCACGCCCUGGAAAGCGGUCUGGGCGUCAUCGCCUGCAUCGGAGAGAAGCUGGACGAGAGGGAGGGCGGCAUCACAGAGAAGGUGGUGUUCGCUCAGACCAAGGUCAUCGCAGACAAUGUAAAGGACUGGACCAAAGUGGUGCUCGCUUACGAACCCGUGUGGGCCAUCGGGACCGGCAAAACCGCCUCCCCCCAGCAGGCUCAGGAGGUUCAUGAGAAGCUCAGGGAUUGGCUGAAGACCAACGUGUCCGAGAGCGUCGCCAAUUCUGUGAGGAUCAUCUACGGAGGUCAGUUCAUCCAUUCACUCAUUCUGUCCAUCACUGUCCAUCUCCGUUCAUCCUCU